CUGGAACGGAUGCUGGUGACCGGCUGCGACCCAGGCCAGGGUCAGUGAGGAGCCCUCGGUCCCGUCCAGCCGGUUCCGUUUUUCUGAGACGCUGCGCUAGUUUGGAGCCGGCCGGUGUGCGAGUCGAGGCCCAGGCUGGGUUUCUACACUGCGCCUCGCUGACUGAGGUUUUCUAUCAGAUGUUCCACUCUAAUAAUGCUGGAAUUAAGAAGUCUUCGUUCCUUUGCUACCUAUCAGAGCAAUUUCUCUGCAUACAGAAAUGAAGUAAUAUUUAAAAACAACUGGCAAACUGAAGAUUGCAGUAACCUAAGCUCUGUGCUGAAGUAAGAUUAAUUGGACUGCAACUACCAGUUUGGGGUAAUCCAAGUCUGUUACUGGAACCAUGAAAGUUCUGUUGGUGUUUGACUUUGACAAUACAAUCAUAGACGACAACAGCGACACCUGGAUUAUACAGUGUGCUCCAGACAAGAAGCUUCCCAUUGAGCUACAAGAUUCUUAUCAGAAGGGGCUUUGGACAGAAUUUAUGGGCAGAGUCUUUAAGUAUUUGAGAGAUGAGGGGGUUAAAGAAGAGGAACUGAAAAGGGCAGUGACGUCACUACCCUUCACCUCAGGGAUGAUAGAACUUCUCAGCUUUCUGAGGAUGAAUAAGGACAGAUUUGACUGCAUCAUCAUUUCAGACUCAAAUUCCAUCUUCAUAGAUUGGGUUUUAGAAGCUGCUGCCUUUCAUGAUGUCUUUGAUACCGUGUUUACCAAUCCAGCGUCUUUUGAUAGCACUGGUCGCCUCACAGUGAGAAAUUGCCAUACUCAUGCUUGCACUAGGUGCCCAAAGAACCUUUGCAAAAAUACAGUUUUGGGAGAGUUCAUCGACAAACAGUUACAAAAGGGAGUGAGGUACACGCGGAUUGUUUAUAUCGGCGAUGGCGGAAAUGAUGUCUGUCCAGUAACUUUUUUAAAGAAAAAUGAUGUUGCCAUGCCGAGGGAAGGAUAUACUUUACAUAGGACUCUUGACAAAAUGUCUCAGAAUCUUGAGCCUAUGGCAUCUUCUAUUGUAGUUUGGUCUUCAGGGAUGGAAAUAAUUUCUCAUUUACAAUUUCUAAUACAGAUGUGAUGUGCCAACAGUUGAAAUGUGUAUUAGUUAAGGUCAGGCUCAGCAACAUAAAACUAAAUUCCCAAUAUCAGUACCUUUAAAGAUGUGAGAGGUUUUCCUCUUUGAAGAAUUCUGGUCCUAUGUCAAGGCCACUUUGUUGCUUAGACAUCCUCAGCUUUUGGUUCUAACCCAUGAUUUGAGAUUGUUCUCUAAGCUCGCGUCCUCACAACAAACAUUGUGACCAGCGCGAGCCAGGGCAGUAUGCUUGAAACCCUUUGUUCAAGAAUGUUUUUCAGUUGUACCAAGGUUCGAAUACCACUAGCUAAAACCCAGUCAGAGCCUUCCCUAACUGCAAAGACGGGAAAUGCAGCUUUCAUUCCAGGCAGUCAUGUGCCCAGGAAGAAGGGGGCAAACAAUACAUAAUUGAGGUGUGUGGAGCUUAUAGUCUGUACUAAGGACGGUUAAUAGAUGGUAUUUUUUCUAUUUCUGAAGAAAGUGGCUUUAUUUUACUCUCUUUUAAACAUAUACACAAUAGUCACAAAUGUCGAAUGCUGAAGAGCCCUCUCCCCCUGCUGUCAGCAAGUCAUACAGACACUCAAUGAGUUCACGAUUCAACUCCACGCACAACCGCUACUAUGGCUAAGGAAGGCAUUACUGCUGGAGGUGUAAUGGACGCUGAUACUGCCUAACAGGAGCCCUGAAGACCACCUUCAUCCGAGAGGGCCCAGCAUGGGGUUCAUGCAGAGCUGAGCUGCCAAAGCCUUAAGCAAGUGCAUGCUUGAACCCAGUUGUGAUGAGCCUAUGCGUGUCAAGUUGUUGGAGGAGCUUUGUGCGAGCAUGAAGAUCAACCUAAUUAGGCAUCUGAAAACGGGAGAGGAACCCUAUAAACUUGGUUGUGGUGUGUUAAGGACGCCAAUUGAAGACUACUUCAAAUGCAAGAAAUAAAACUGGCUUUAUUUUCUCAACAACAAAAAGCAUGAUACUUUAUUCACAUAAGAAUAAAAGGCUCUCAAAUGUA